CGCAAGAAAGGACAGACGCAUCGUGCAAGAUGCCGUCGUCGACUUUCUACCGGAGCUACUCCAAGACCUUCAAGAAGCCGCGUCGUCCGUUCGAGAAGGAGCGUCUCGACAAUGAGCUCAAGACCGUCGGCGAGUUCGGUCUUCGCAACAAGCGCGAGCUCUGGCGCGUGCAGUUCGCGCUGAACAAGCUUCGCAACGCCGCUCGCGUGCUCCUCACCCUCGACGAGAAGGACCCCAAGCGGAUCUUCGAGGGCGAGGCGAUCAUGCGCCGCAUGUACCGCUACGGCCUCCUGGACGAGACCCAGGACAAGCUCGAUUACGUCCUCGCGCUCUCCGCGGAUGCGUUCCUCGAGCGCCGUCUCCAGACGCUCGUGUUCAAGCUUGGCCUCGCGAAGUCGGUGCACCACGCGCGCGUGCUCAUUCGCCAGAGGCACAUUCGCGUCGGCAAGCAGAUCGUGAACGUGCCGUCGUUCCUCGUCCGCACGGAUAGCCAAAAGCACAUCGAUUUCGCCCUGAACUCGCCCCUCGGCGGUGGCCGACCGGGCCGCGUCAAGCGCAAGAGAAUGGCGGCGGCCGGGCGGGGUGGCGGCGACGAUGACGCCGAGGAGGAGGACGAAUAAACGCGUCCGAGGCUGUGGGGGUGAUCCGUAGGAUGUUUUCGGUUCUAACCGCGAUAGUUUUGAAAUGUGGACACUUCGCGGUAACGUU